UGUUUACGCUGAUCGAUUGCUCGACGGAUCUACUGUUUCUGUCUGAUCUCAUCCUCGAGCAGCGCAUGCAACUGACAGGCCUGUAAGUCGGAUCUUGACGUAUCGCCGUAACUUUGUACUGUAGCCCGAAGGCAACUUAAGGUCAUUUUUAGCCAAAAUCCUCGCGUCCGAUGCACAUAUUCCCGUCUGCCUUAACCCUAUGACCCAGCAGGAGCAACAUGAGUUCAGGGAAAGUUUGGAGGAAGCCCUGUCCUGGAUGCAGGCCGUCCAGGAGAGGCUUAAGCAAAAUGAUAACACCCAAGGUCCCAGAUCAGCACUGGAGGCCAGGCUCAGAGAGACAGAGAACAUCCAUAGCUCAGAGGCUGAAGGCCAUGUGAAGAUGGAUAGGGUGCUGGUGGCGUCCGAAGCCCUGCUCCGAAAUGGAGAUGAAGAAAUGAAAAAUCAGACUCAUUCAAAACUCAAAGAUCUUAAAGCACAAUGGGAUGAUACGCUGACCUACAUAAUUCACUGCCACAGUCGCAUUGAGUGGGUGUGGCUUCAUUGGAGUGAAUAUCUGAAGGCUCGUGAGGAGUUUGGGAUAUGGCUGGAGAAGAUGCACUUGUCUCUUGAGCCACAGCUUGAGCUUCAACUGGGUCUGCAGGAGAAACUGUGGCAGGUUGACCAUCUGCGGGUCUUGCACAGUGACAUCCAGGCCCAGGGUCAGUUUCUGGACAGGCUCUUGGAUGAAGCUGGAGCCUUGUUCAAUCGCACCGAGGAUCCCAGUGUAAAUGAGCAGGCUCAACAAGAUCUUCAAGAUGCCUACAACCAUAUUCGAGACAUAGCGCAGGAGAGGUUGACAUUAACACAGAAAAUAGCGGAGGAGCACCAGCAGUACCAAAGUUGUGUUCAUAAAUUCCAAACCUGGCUUGUGUCUAAAACUGAAGAAGUCAGUCGCUUCAGCGAUAUGGAGGAUACGACACAAAAUAGACUCAAAGCCCUGCAGGAACUGAAUGCCAGUAUAGCCAAAGAAGAACAAACACUCAAGCACAUUGAAGGGUUGUCGGAGGCGGUGAAGACCAACACAUCUCCGGCGGGAGCAGAGAAGAUUACAGAGGAGAUGGAGGAGUUGAGGUUGGCCUGGGAGAGGUUACGUCAGACACUAGUUGAGGUCCGUGAAGAACUCCAGAGCUCGCUGGACUCUGAGAGCGAAUAUUCAAACCGAUGUAAGGAGCUGUGGGCGGACCUUGGGCAGCUCAGAACACUGAUCCAGAACCUCAGUGUUGAUCUGGAGAGCCGGGAUGGAGAGAGAACUGAGGAACACGUGGUUGCUCAAUGGAAGACUCGCACGGGUGUGCGUAACAAGUUGGUCGCAGAGGAGCCCAGGGUAGACCUGUUGAAAUCCCAUUUGAAAGAGUUAUUCCGAUUCCCGCAGGACUCCAAAGCGCUGUCGGAUGAGAUGCUCGCUGUGGUGAAAGAUUACCAGAGUGUGAGAAGCAGAUCGUUCAGGUUGUCCUCUGAGAGUGAAUCCGCUCUACGGCAAAUACUGCAGGAUCCUCUGCUCGGCUUUAGCCAGUGGAGCCAAGCGGUUUCGCAGGUCCUGGAUGGCUCUGCCGACGUCACUGAAUUCUCCCAUAUUGCUCUGCUAGUCCAGAAUAUUGAGAAGUUACUUAAAACCAGUGUGCAGUUGCAGGAGCGUUUGACUUUGCUUCAGGUGAAGAGCGAUCUACUCACCUCGGUUUUUGGGCAGGAGAAAGCUGACGAUCUGUUGAAAGAGCUUAGCGGAGAUAUGAGGAAGAGAGAGUUACUCCACAGCCAACUUCAGGAACGCAAGAGCUAUCUGCAGGGAUUGAUAUCAAAGACAAAGGACUUUUCUGAUGCCUAUGACUCCAUACACAAAAAGCUGAGCUCCAUUAAAGAGAGGUUCCUCGCAGCCGAUUGCCUCCAACCUGAUAUUCUAGCCAAGAAGAGUCAGGCAGACCAGCUCAGGGUUAUCGGGAGGGAUUUGGAAGAUUGCGAGGCCCAUAUUAUAGCCCUUGAGACGCUGGUGUCGUUCAACCCAACAAACCGGACCAAGUUUGAGCGUCUGUAUGGAGACUGGAAGUUGCUGUAUAAGGGGGUUCGGAUAAAGGUGAAUGAAAGUGAGGAGAACAUUGUGGAACAUGAGAGUUUCCAUGACAACAUGCUGAAUUUGGAGAAGUGGUUAAUGAUCAUGAGACAGAAGCUGGAAUCUUUCCGUGGGGCAGAUGGGGAAUGGGGCAUCGAUAAUCGGCAACAGGAGGCAGAGAGGGCGCUGGGAGAGUUUCCAGAAAAGGAGCUUCAGCUACAUCAGAUGGAGGCUCAGGGUCACACCGUGCUGGCCAGGACCUCAGAUGAAGGAAAAGUUCACAUCCGACAAGACCUGAAACGCCUCCGAGAAUCCUGGAUGUCUCUCCACACGCUUAGUCUCAAUCUUUACAGCCUUCUGAAUGGACACGCUGCCAAAGAGGGGCAAGAUUCCCUGUCACACAGGAUACAGUUCCAGGACAGAUGGGCAGAUGGACAUGAAGAGGGAUCGGGAUCUGGAGGGGCAUCUGGCUUUGAGGGUGGACUACUUGCCACAGGUGCUGAGGUAACAGGUCACCGUCGACAUCAGAAUCUUGAUGGACAGUUCCACCUGCAUUCAGAAUCAAUAGAUCGCCCAGAGCGGGAAAAGUCAAUGGAAGCAACUCAAACUCAAAUUCCUGUGGUGUUUCCUGAGGGGAUCGACAGACCAGAAGGUCCAGAGGUCUGGAGGCAUGAGACGAGUUACCAUGAAAGAUCCACAACAGAUGAUGAGGUUGAUGCAGUCAUUUCUGGAGGUGACCGUAAUGUAAACAUAAGGCGGAUAGAGGUGGCAAAUACGCACAGAAUUGACUUGCAUAGGAAGAGUGAGGCGGGGGAAUGGGUUGAAGAUCGUAUGACUGCCUCUGGGAUUGAAGACUUGGAUGUGCAAGGCUUUUUAAGUGGAUCUCACACUGAUGAUACCAAACGAAGAAUACGCCAACCUCAAAUUCCACCUGAUGAGAUCAGCAUGGCUUACAGCGCAGUUGGUGACAUUCAGAUGGGCUCUCAAGGGCCUCAGCAUCACGCUGAUUCAGGGACUCUAUGGAGAGAGUUUGAAGCGUGGCUUCUUAAGCAAAAUUACAAACUCACAAGACUUCUGAACAGCCAAAGAGCCGCGAGUGCCAAAGAACUGACGAUGAGACAAAAUACACUGAAGGGUUUGCGUGCUGGGGUGUCCUGGGGUCAGGGUCAAUUCCAGAAGCUGAUAGAGGGGCGGCAGAAUAAGUCACCAGAAGAGGAUGUGGAGCUAGAGGACCUGCGAUAUCGUUGGAUGUUAUACAAGUCCAAACUAAAAGAGGCUGGAGACCUCAGAUCUCUGAAGAAACAUCAGGGUGUAGGUGCACAUGAACAGGAGCUUGUACGAGCUGGAAAGCAAAACAGCUGCUCCGGGUUCCUGUACCGUGUGUGUUGCAUGGCUCUUCCUCUUCAGCUCCUGCUAUUGGCCCUGCUGCUGUUGGCUUUCCUCCUGCCCAUGAUGGACGAGGGCGCAAGCUGCUCGCUGUCUAACAACUUCGCCCGCUCAUUCAACAUCAUGCUACGCUACGACGGACCACCGCCAACUUAAGCACCGACGUACUGUAAUACUCCCGGCGUACGGUCAUAUAUAUUUCCAAAGGUGACAAUCUGUGGUUGUUUAUUAUGUAACAUUUACGUAUCAUAUAUCUUUUUAUCAGUGUUCGUGUUUGUGUCAUUUUAUUUUUGGCGUUUGGAUGGCUUCAGUUCACAGUACACCCACUGAUGGACGCAACAGAUCAGAAACCAUGUGCGGGUCUGUGUUUGUGUGUGAAAAUGUGAGUGGGUGGAUGGCAUAGAUGCUCACAACCUGCUCUGUAUGAUUCAAGCUGUUCUCUACAAGCAUUUGGAGAAAAACUCUCUACUCAGGAGUUAUUUCAAAUUUCUUAUUUUUGUGUUUUAUUUCUUGUCGUUUUAACCUGUGGUAUGUUAACCUGAACUGUGCAUGUUUUCGUUUUAAACCGUGUUGUGUUUAAUUUAAUCAGCUUUUAUACUCAGGCUAGUAGACACGGCAAAACCUGCUGUGUUUAUAAUAGGCAUACAUGUAUCACCGUGUUCCCGGAAAUAGUUCAGAUGUCCUUGAGUCACGGUUGAUAAGAUGUCAAUUGUACAAACUAUACCCGAAAAACAUUCUUCACACCUUGCCAUUACGAUGCAGAUUUAGUAGAGGAAUUUGUCUUUGGAAAUCAACAAUGAGAUUCCCAUCUGUCGUCAACAGAAAAAAUCACUCCAGAGAUAAGGUGCUAUGACAUGCACGUCUCAGAAUAGACAUGUUUUUGGAAAUCAUAUAUUGUGUAAUCAGAUUGUUGACUUAGCUUUGGCAUUGGCUGGAUUCUGAUGUGUUUUUAAAGGCAUAGAUUAUGGAGUAAAAAUAGCCCUGUUUGAAGAGAUUGUUCGUGUUUUGGGACUGUGACCUUCCCGGUCUCUUCUGUUUUUCUCACGGUUUUCGUUCAGGAAUUUUAAGGGCCCGCUUGUUUUAGAAAUAUCGGAAGUCGCAUUUGAGUUCUGUUAGGAUCACAGCCUAACGGUUAUUAUUCAAUGACUGGAAUAUCUGGAUUAGGGAUGCAUAACGAUUAAUCGCGAUUAAUCUAUAGCAGAAUAAAAGUUUUUGUUUACAUUAUAUAUGUGUCUGAACUGUAUAUAAUAAUUAUGUAUAUAUAAAUCUAAUAAUUUUAAGGAAAAAAAAUAUAUGUGUAUGUAUAUAUUAAGAUAUAGAACUUUUAUUCUGCUAUAGAUUAAUCGCGAUUAAUCGGUAUGCACCUCUAAUCUGGAUUUAUGUUUGAUGAAGGUUUUACAGAAAAGGCUUCAUAUUCAAAAGCUUUGUGUUUGAGAUGUAAAAAACAUUAUUUAGGACAAUCUGAGACAACUUGCAUGGUUUUGUAGCUUUGAGUAUUGUUACAAAUACUAUAUACACAUAAUAUACUAUACUGCUUUUAUCCUGUAGCAGUUUUUGUAGCAGAAUUUAUUCAGUACUCUCUACAUAUCUUAAAGGAACCUGCUGUCAUUUCCGUUAAUAUGUUAUGCACUAUACGGUAUAUGUUAAAUCCAUAUUACAGUGUAGUGCAUGCGCAGAGAGACUUAAAAAAUAUGCUGCAUUUAAAUUUUUUACAAAACUGUAAUGUUGAAGCUUGGUACUUCAAUGUGUUGCACUGCUUUAUUGUUUGAACUCAAUGCAAACCCUUUACUGAUCUAUAUCGACGAUACUGUAUGUUACCGAAGGCUGGAAAUGCUGUACAAAAUUUGGUUAUUUGGAAAUUUGGACCAGCUCAUCGGUGUAUGCUAAUACAUCUGAUUUGCAGCACUGUGUGCAUGAGAAACUUUUUCAUAGGAAAACUUUGAAAUGAAAGUACUGGAUGUUAUUUUCAAAGUCAGAACAUUUAGUGCAAGAUGCUAGCAUGUAAAAAUUCUCAUAACAUUUACUUACUAGCUUUAAAUUGCAUGAAGACGUAUUGUAUUAAUAUAAAAGCUUAAUGUUUAUUUUAUUACCAUAUUUUGGAUGAAAGUCUUAUAAUGUAUCUUAUAUAGGAAACAUACUAGCAGUAUUUUUGUAUUACAGGCAAUAAACAUGCAGUGCAUUUUCAGUA